AGCCGCCGCCUGCGGGCCGCCCUGAGGACUCGGCCGCGGCGCAGGCCCACGCUGGCCUCCAGGGCCCUGGGCGCGCGUCCAGCUGCCCGCGGUCGGCCCGGUCCCCCGAGGGGCGUGUGACGCGCCCCCAGGUGCGCCGGCCUCCUCGUCAGCGCCACCAUUUUGUGUGAGGGAAUGCCGCCUUCUUCUUUGGCUGGCCUCGGAUCGUGUUCGGCUCCCCAGCUGCUGCGUGCCGAGCCCUCUCCCCUCCCACUGCGCCCCACCUGGAGCCUGGCCGUGCUUGCCGGUGGCCCUGGCUUGGUGAAAAGCGGACCUGGUGAGGCGGCGCGCUGAGGCGUUUAGGCUCGGGUUCAGCCACGCAGGUGGCCUCCGGAGAUGCUCUGACCACCUCCCUUGCCUUCGGCCUCCUUUGGAAUAGAUACCGUAUAGGUUCUCUUCUAGAAUGCGGGUCAUUGCAAUUUUGUUCUAAUUCUUAGUUGCCCAUUGUGCAGUUUUUCGAGGCCUGUGCCCCAGGAGAUCGAUGGGUGAAGCAUUGAGCCCUGGGUUGUUUAUGCUUCAGGGACCUGGAUUACAUUUACUCCCAUUAUUUUCCUUUGGGAGAAAUGAUGAAACAUCUUACUCCAUUUUCAGCUUCUGGAAAUUGGUGUGGGUAUCUUAAAUUAUUUUAGGUUAUUAGAUUAGAGUAGAUUCUAAGAUAACCACCUGAUGCAGGCCCUUCCCCCUUUGAGAGAUCCUUUGGAAACCUCAAUUAAAAUGCUCCCUUGUGAGGAUUUUUGAAAGGAGUGGGGCUGGCCGAACAGGUUACUCGAAGACUUCCGGAAGGAAAAGUUGUAAUUGUGAUUCAGAACUGUCACACAAUUUGUCAUUUUCAAGAUUCCUGAGAAUUUGAGGAUGGCAUUCCCCGUGGAUAUGCUGGAUAAUUGCAGUCAUGAGGAAUUGGAAAAUUCUGCUGAAGAUUAUAUGUCAGAUCUAAGGUGUGGGGAUCCUGAAAACCCUGAACGUUUUUCUCUUCUCAAUAUUACGAUUCCUAUUAGCCUGUCAAAUGUAGGCUUUGUACCUCUUUAUGGUGGUGAUCAGACCGAGAAAAUUCUUGCUCUUUUUGCGCCUGAGGACUCACUCACAGCUGUGGCACUUUACCUUGCUGAUCAGUGGUGGGCUAUCGAUGAUAUUGUGAAAACAUCUAUCCCUUCUAGAGAAGGGCUUAAGCAGGUGAGAACUCUUGGGGAGAGAGUGGUUCUGUAUGUUCUGAAUCGAAUUAUUUAUAGAAAACAGGAAAUGGAGAGAAAUGAGAUACCAUUCCUGUGUCAUAGCAGUACUGAUUAUGCUAAGAUUCUGUGGAAGAAAGGAGAAGCCAUUGGGUUUUAUUCAGUUAAGCCUACAGGAAGCAUAUGUGCCUCAUUUCUUACCCAAAGCUACCAACUGCCAGUUCUUGAUACAAUGUUUGUAAGGAAGAAAUACCGAGGCAAAGAUUUUGGGCUUCAUAUGCUAGAGGACUUUGUUGACUCCUUUACAGAAGAUGCUCUUGGCUUGCGGUAUCCACUCUCUUCUCUCAUGUAUACAGCUUGCAAGCAGUACUUUGAAAAGUAUCCAGGAGACCAUGAACUCCUGUGGGAAGUUGAAGGUGUUGGACACUGGUACCAACGAAUACCGGUCACCAGAGCAUUACAGAGAGAAACAUUUAAAAUUACAGCAGUUUCUCAAAAUGAAGCUAAAAGACCUAUGUCUGGAGAAUAUGGUCUUGCAUCUGUUCCAGAAUAUGAAGCGGAAACUGAAGACAAUCAGUCUAGUGAGAUGCAGCUAACUAUUGACUCUCUAAAAGAUGCCUUUGCAAGUACGUCCGAAGGUCAUGAUAAAACACCAGUUUCCACUCGUACUCGAAGUAGUCAUCUGAAGCGGCCAAAGAUUGGGAAGCGGUUUCAGGAUUCUGAAUUUAGUAGUUCUCAAGGAGAAGAUGAAAAGAUGCCCCAGACUUCACCUACAGCUUCAAUAAACAAAUUGGAAUCUACUGCACGCACAUCAGAGAGCUCAGAAGAAUUCCUGGAAGAAGAACCUGAACAAGGUGUGAUUGAAUUUGAGGACGAAAGUAGUGAUAAGGAUGCUCGGCCUGCACCAGAAACCCAACCACGCCUGGAAAAGCAAGAUGGUGAAAAGGAAGCUGAAUUAGAGCCUAUGAAUGGUGAGAUAAUGGAUGAUACUCUUAAAACGUCACUUAUAACUGAAGAGGAGGACUCCACUAGUGAAGUUUUAGAUGAAGAAAUAAAAUUGCAGUCUCUUAAUUCCAGCGAAGACUCUACUACUCUUGUUCCACUGGUGGUGGAAACCCCCACCUCAAAACCCCCUGACACUGUUGCACAGGAUAAGACCUCACAUAUAACUGACUCAGAAAUGUUGCUGGAUGAAGGCCCAUCUGAUGAAAAGGGGCACACUGAAGAGAAACUGCCACUAGUUUCAAGAAAGAAAGCACAUUUUGGGAGUUCAGACAAUGUUGCUACUAUCCCAAAUGAAGAAAGAUCUGACAGUGGUUUUCCAAACUCUGUGAUUGCUGAAUUUUCUGAGGAAUCAAUCUCUGAAAAUUUAUCACCCAACACUACUUCUUCAUUGGAAGACCAGGGUGACGAGGGGGUACCUGAGCCCCAGGAAACGUCUACAGCUCUAUCUCAGAGCUCUUUGAUAGAGGUUGAACUUGAAGAUGUGCCAUUUUCACAGAACACGGGACAGAAGAACCAGUCAGAGGAGCAGUCUGAAGCAUCUUCUGAGCAAUUGGAUCAGUUUACACAGUCAACAGAAAAAACUGUGGAUAGCAGCUCAGAGGAAAUAGAAGUGGAAGUGCCUGUGGUAGACAGGCGGAAUUUAAGAAGAAAGGCCAAAGGGCAUAAAGGACCUGCUAAGAAGAAAGCCAAGCUGACAUGAAGAAGAUAUGCAGAUGAUAAACCCUCUUCUUUGUAACAUAAUUGUUGUUUUUAAAAUAUGGUAAUUAAUAAAUGGCAUGGGGCACAGGGCAAAAAUUCCAAAAUUUCACUUUGAACUUAUUUAUGAUGCCGGUUUUCCGUCCCCCUUAGGACCUAGGAUUCACCAUUCUUUUUAAUUUUUCAGGCUAUUUUGUGUAAAUACAAUUUUUUUAUUUUUAUUAACCAUGUUUCGACUUUGGGAAACCAGAUCAUACUAUAUUUUCUUUAGCAAUUGGGGACAUCUGACCAUUAAUAUUUCAGAAAAUAUAAAUUAAACUGAAAGUAGUAGGCUUUACAUUACCUGUAAGGAUCACAGAAGUCUUUUAUACUAUGGAUUUUAAUAGUAAACUUGGUGAGGGUUCUAGAAGUUUUAUCUUAAAAAUCAAAACUAAUCAUUUUUUAAAAUGUAGGCAUGUCUAAACAAAAAUGUCAGUAAAUGAAAAUAUACUUCAACUAAAUGAGAGCACAAAUAGAAAUUUAUGGUGAAAGGCUUAUGCAGGUGGUAUUUUGGCCUCUUAAUUCUAGUUGUGUAUAUGAGGUUUCUUCCUUUGACUUCAGUGUCUGAGGAAAGGUAUAAAAUCUGUUUCCACCCAGGCUUUGUAACAUCUAGCAUUUACAGUACUGCUGGGGAUUUAACUCUGGCAUGUAGACACUAAUAUAAUAUAAAGUAUCAUUUGAAGCUGGGGAAGCUGGGGACUAUACUUUUGUCCUCAUCCAGUUAACAUAUAUACUUCAGAAGUGUGAGAACCCUUCCUAAGGCUUCUCCUUAAUCCUGCCACUGCCUUUACUCUAUAAUCAUAUAUUCUCCUCAGCUUUCAUCCACUUCCCUCAGAGUGAUUCCUGCCAAAAAAUCUGCCUGCCUAUCUGCCAGCUUAUGCCCUUGGCAUCCGUAUCAGGGUAGAUUUGGACUGUGCCCCACAAUCUUAGAUCUAGAUGGCGGGAAUGAAUCUGCCCAAGGAGCUAUAGUUAGAAGAGCUUAGAUCAAAUUGGAGGCUUUGGUUGUUGCUCUGGUCUUGCUUACUCUGAAUUUGUUCUGUGAUGACAGGUUACAAGCUAGCCUGUGUGUAUACACUGUGGUACUAUAGCAAAGGCCUUUGCCUAAGAAAACUUAAAAAACAAAUUCUCUUGUUAAUUUUUAUAAAGUAAUUUAUUUAAAAAUGAACGAAGUGGUUAUUUUUAGAAUCCAAAGAGAAUCUUAAAACAGUCCUACUCUUUGGAAGUAUUGUGUACACUCAGAUUUGCAGUUAAUUUAGAGAGUGCUUUGAGACCAUUUAGAUUGUAAAACAGCUUGGUCCUCAUCUAAAUGCUUUGAGACCAUUUAGAUUGUAGAACAGCGUGGUCCAUAACCAUGUUAUGACUUUCAUUAUUUGAGGUGCUAAGGAUUGAUGUCAAAGGUUUAUCCAGUCUCCAGUCAGGUGAUGUCAUUAAAUUUUAUUUUGGAAUGUUGAUAUUUUAGGUCUAAUAAGCGAAGUUAAAAUGUUUCAGCAGGCAAAACAGCAAACCCUCCUAUUCAUGUAAAAUUUUGAAUACUUGUAUCCCCUACUUUUUCCUUAAUUAUUGGUUAGAGACAAGCCAGAUGAUUUCACUCCAAAUGAAAAUUAAAGCACUUUGGCCAUUUGUUUUCUCAACAAAUGCUGAUUAAUUGAAAAAAAUAAGUAUGACUGGUACUAGUACAUCUGUCACAUGUUUAUGCUGUUUUAUAGAUUUUAUGAGAAACUUUACUACAAUUAGGGAAAUAAAGAUAUGAGGAUUUAGUAAAUUCUUAACAUUUCCUUUUUUAAUUUCUUAAAAUAGAUUUAAAAACCUAACACUUAGAUAUUUUACUUUUUUACUUGGAUUGUUCAUUGUUGAGAAUACUUUCUUUAAAAGGGUAUAGUUUAAGACUGAGCUCACUGACAACUCUUGAUAUGUGAAUAUAGUUGCUGAGUUCACAAAACACGUUUAGUUACUCAUAUAUAACAGUACUAACAGUAUAAACUCAUACUUGUUAAACUUGUUUGGUUUAUUCUUAAACAGCAAGAGCAUUUUAAGCAGUUUCAGAACUUUUUGCUUAGCAUACAAGAAAACUUUUAUUAUCUCUGACCGAAAAUGUUAUUUUGGGGGGUUUGUAGAUGGUAGAGAAAGCUAGGUAACCUAGAAAAACCUUACUUUCGUGUUCAGUAACAUGUUCACGUUCAGUAAAUGAGUUCUGUACUCAAUGAGUAUAGAAUUUAUAACAAAAUUUAUCCUCAAUAAGGAAUCUAAAUAAAACUAAACAGAUAGUUUUUUUGCAAGGGAUUAGAAGAACUUGAGAAUUAUAGAGGACUGAAAUCUGAUUUCAGCCAUCUCGUCUAGUUGUUGAGUGUCUAGUCACAUUCUAUAGUCCUUUGUGAACUUUUUUCUGUUUAGGAUUUUUAUUUCUGGAAAAGAAUUUCACUUGUUUGUGUAAAUACGUGUAUAUUUCCUUGUGUAAUAUAAAGCAUAGAUAUUAGCAAAAUUUUCGUUCUACUUUCAAGUUUAAAUUAUCCAAUUGCUAGACAUCACAGAAAUAUAUUUAAGAAUUUAUUAUAAAGCUCCUCUAAACUUUUAAAGGUGAGAGGAUCUAUUAUGAUUUUUUAUAAAAUCAAAUAGCAUGACAGAAUGUCAGUCUUCUACUUAAAAUGUCUAUAUUCAUGGUGUUUCCAUUCAUUGCAGAGAAUAAAUAUGUCAAGGAUAACACUUUCUAGUGAUUAAUGGUUCACUUUUAGCUGGCCAGAACACUACCUAAAAUUGUUUCAGUGACUUUAGAAAGUAUCUUGAAGGUUUAUGAUUACAUCAAAUUGAGUCUUUACCUAGUAUCUAAAUAUCUGCUCUUAUGUACUGCUUUACUCUUAGGGAUUACCUUCUGAGGUUUGGUCACACCAGCAAACUGAUACAGAUCUUAAUGUAAAUACAGGAUUUAUACUAAGAUUACUCAUCUGUGUAACAGCAUUUUAGAAAUUUCUGCCUUCUAUGUCCACUUGUAGCUAAUCUGGUGUUUUAAGUGUUACCCAGUCUUUCAUGGAUGUGAUUAGUUACAGAUGUUAUGCUUCUGUUGGCAUACUUAAUAUAAAGCUUUCUUUGUAGAAGAUAAUUUGCUUAUUUUGGGUUCUAAAAUAAAUAAGCAGACUGAGUUCUGUGGGAUUAUGCUUACCUUUAGUCUAUUUUUUUUUCACCUUCCAAAUCUUAAAGUCACUCACACAUUCCCCAUUUCUAUUAGUGGCAAAAUCAGUUGUUAAAAUACAAUUGUAAGAAAGGUUCAGCUUCUGUCAUCCUGACGUAAUUGUACCAUAUUGGAUAGUCAUUCCCAAGGAACUAGCCUUUCUUUUCCUAGGUGUGUGUGUGUUCUAAAACUUCCGAGGUUUAUAGAACUUAGAAAAGAUGCUACAUUAUUCAGAAUAGCAAGUCUUACUGAGGUACUCAAGUUUGUUUCCUUGGUAGUUUUUUUUUUUAAGUUUUAAAGUAGGAUGUUUUGUGAUUGUUUCUUGGCCUGUAUUUUGAUAUUCUUUCCCUUUUCCCUACUUUAAUCAACGAAGAUGUGUUUAGAUAUUGAAUUUGUUUAGACAUUAAAUGAUUUUGUUAAAGGCACAAUCACAUUGGUUGUACUUUCAAGACAGACUUUAAAAAUAAACAAUUUAAAACCAUUAAUGUCAUUAUAAAUUAAUGUAAUAUUUUGGACGCCUUAAGCUCAAAGCUACAGACAUAAUUCAGAUCACGAAAGUGCUUUGACCAAGUUACAAACCUAAGACAUGACCUUUUCUAUAUUAUCCAAGUAACUGCAAACAAAUUUCUCUUUAAGGGCAUCAGUGCAAUCUUUUUUUUUUUUAAAAACAAUUUUACCUAGAAUUUGUAACCAUUCUAAAAAUAUGAAAGCAUAAACAUUUUGGUGUAUUUUUUUUUCUAUAUUCGGAGUAAAAAUACAGUUCCAAGUAAGUAUUACUAUACAUGAUUGAGAGGAAAAAAACGUUUAAAAUAUGAAUUCACCAACUCACCGUAUGAAGACAUAGAGGUGAAAAUAUUUAUCUAAAUCCUUUGGAACUCUAUUUAGUGUAGUGUGCCUUCUCUCUCC